CGUUACCACUCACGCGACUCGCAAGCAAAAACAAAGCACGCGCCCGCAAGUCGUCCUCUUCCUCCGCUCGCCGACGCGGCGCAGAUCCCACAGCUCCCCGAGCGACGCCCACCUCCUGGAGUGGCCUGCGCCCCCACCGCUUCACCCGCCUCGGAAUCCCCGCCGCAUUCCGCGUCGCCCCGCUAGAUCCACCCCCGCCAUGGAGGUGAGAACAGUAAAAGUUAGCAACCUUUCAUUAAAUGCUUUGAAAAGAGAGAUCACAGAGUUCUUUAGUUUCUCUGGGGAUAUAGAAUAUGUGGAAAUGCAAAGUGAAUCUGAAUGGUCACAGCUUGCUUAUGUCACAUUUAAAGACUCACAAGGAGCAGACACUGCUGUUCUUCUAUCGGGGGCAACAAUUGUUGAUCGUGCUGUCAUCAUAACUCCUGCUGAGAACUAUCAGCUGCCUCCAGAAGCACACAAACAGUUAUCAGGAGAAAGUCCCUCUACUGAAUCUGCAGUCAGGAAGGCAGAAGAUGUUGUCAGCAGCAUGUUGGCCAAGGGCUUUGUCCUCAGCAAGGAUGCUCUCAACUUAGCAAGAUCCUUUGAUGAGCGUCACAACAUCCUGUCCAAUGCUACUGCCACUGUCGCAUCUCUAGACCGCCAGUAUGGCCUGAGUGAAAAGAUCAAUCUGGGCCGGGCCAUUGUUGGCAGCAAGGUCAAGGAGGUGGAUGAACGCUAUCAGGUCUCAGAACUCACAAAGACUGCCUUUGCUGCUGCUGAGCAGAAAGCCAGCAUUGCGGGCUCUGCUAUCUUGAGUAACCAAUAUGUCUCAGCUGGUGCUUCCUGGCUAACAAGCGCAUUUGGUAUGGUAACUAAGGCAGCAGGUGACAUGACCUCGAUGGCCAAAGACAAGGUAGAGAGGGCUGAGGAGGAGAGGAAAGCGAUCAUGUGGGAGGAGAGGAACGGGCUAGUAAGCGAGUAUGCAAAGAUCCAUCUUGAUGAGCCCUCUUCAUGGGAACCUGCAGUUCUUCCUUUGGAAUCAAUGGAUGAGCAGAAGCUCCAGGCUGUGUGACCCACGGAACUGAAUGCCGACCGCUUCUGCAAAUGCAAUUGUUUUGCUGCUUGUCCUAUAUAUAGAUGAUUCUUUUUCUCUGCUGCACUGGAUCAAAACAAAAGUGUUACAUAUAGUGUCAUGUAAAUUUCAGAACAUGUGUUCUUACCAGAUUUCUUUUUCUAGACCACGGAAUCUGAAUGGUCUAUUACCAGCGUUGCUAUACUAGACUAACUAGACCACUGAAUCUGAAUGGUCUACUUGUCUCU